UGAAGCUCUGGCCUCUCAGUUCAGGAGGAAAUCUCGUAUAAUCAGCCGUUGGCUGAUAGUAGAAGCACCUUUCCCACAGUGCUCUGGAUGAACUUUCACCCCGAGUUUAUCUCACUGUCAGCUUCAAGCCCACGAGUAAAAGCAGCUGGAAGUUCAGUGAGAGCUACAGUCUGCAGCCGGUGCUCAGAUCCAGCAGCUGGUUCUUCUGGUCAUGGCUGAGGAACGGUGGGACGUGGUGGUGGUGGGCGCGGGUCUCUCCGGACUCAGCGCCGCUCAGAUGCUCAGGAAGAGGAACGCCGGGCUCAGAGUUUUGGUUCUGGAGGCCAAAGGCCGCGUGGGGGGAAGAACCUUGGUUGAAGAGUUGCCAGCAGCCCACGGCGUUGACACCUGGGACAUGGGGGGGCAAUGGGUGGGCAGUUCUCAGACUCACGUCAUGGAGCUGAUCGAGGAGCUUGGCUUGGAGGUCUACCCCCAGUUCACGGAGGGUAAGAAGGUUCACCACAUGGGCGGCCGAGACGCUAAGAUCAGCACCUACACCUCCAGCAUCCCCUCCUUCUCCCUGCCUGUCCUGCUGGACUUCCUCCAGUUCCUCUGGAAGAUUGAGCGUCUAAGUAAGACUGUAUCUGUAGAAGAGCCCAUGAAGACGCCCAACGCCCAGCAGCUGGACAGCACUACACUCCAGGCCUACAUGGACCAGCACGUUUGGACCACAGAGCUGAUGGAGGAGCUGAGUCUCUGCAGCCGCACUGUGUUUGGAAUGGAACCGUCUCAGAUGUCCUUCCUGUACUUCCUCAUGUACUCCGCUGCAGCAGGGGGCGUCAUGCGGCUGCUGGAGACCACGCCCGGGUCUGCUCAGGAGUUCAAGGUCAAGGGAGGCGCUCAGCAGCUGUCCGAGAGGCUGGUGGAGCAGGUCGGGGUGGAAAAUGUGCGACUGGGAGAUGCUGUGACAGCGAUAUGGCAGAGUGAAGAAGACGGUGUGAAAGUAAAGACUGCCUCGGGUGCCGUCUCCUGCAAGGCCGUCAUCGUUACAUGCCCCCCUCAUAUGGCAGCUCAGAUCCAGUACCAGCCCCCCCUCCCGCUGGAGCGCCAGCGCCUCACGCAGUGCAUGCCCGUGGGUCACAUGACCAAGUUCAUCAUUACUUAUCCCUCCGCUUUCUGGAAGCAGAAGGGCUUUUCCGGGGAGAUCGUGUCUCGUCCAGGUGAAGACUGCCCUUUCGCCGUCACCUUCGACGCCUCCACCCCCAGAGGAAGCCCUGCGCUGGUGGGGUUUAUCGCUGGGGUGCAGGCCUGCUACUGGAACAGCCGAGAGAUGGAGGAGAGGAGGGAUGCUGUCGUCUCCAGCCUGGCCAAGUACCUGGGCCCAGAAGCAACCACCUACAUCCACUACCAGGAGAAAGACUGGUCUAAAGAGGAAUAUAAUGGAGGAUGUCCUGUCAAUGUCAUGGUUCCAGGAAUGCUAACCUACUACCACCCCGCCCUCCGAAAGCCUUGUGGCAGGAUUCACUGGGCUGGAACUGAGACGGCUACCCAGUGGUGCGGGUACCUCAGCGGGGCCGUCCAAGCCGGCCGGCGGGCAGCCCUGGAGGUCCUGUCAGGCGUCUGUCCCUCAGCACUGUCUGAGGACGAGCUCCGGGCGGCGAGGGCUCGGUCCAAUCGGGUGCCGGCGCACUUGGCUGAAUCUUGGAACCGCAGGUCCUCCCGCACGGCAUCCCGCAUCUUCUUCAGCCUGGCUGUGACCGUGGGGGUGCUGUCUGUGGGCGGAGCCCUGUUUUGGGCCAUGCCGGAACGGGGCCGUAAUUGGAUGGACCAGGUUUCGGUUCUACUCCAGAGGAAGGGGGUUUAAGUGCGACUGGAAAAUGUCUUAUCACUAAAUACUGAUUCUGAUUUCAGAUAAGAUCCAUAGAGUAUCAUAAUGUAUCAUGAGUACAAAGUGAUGCAUUAAUAAUAAUAAACACAGAUUUGAACUUUAUUUGAUUUCAAGAGUCGCCUUUUUCCAUGCAGAUUUUAUGCAGCUUAUAGAGCUCAGAAAAAAAAGAAUAAUAUAGGACAACUUAAAAAUGAUGAGGAAGUUAGAUGAUCACAAGCCAUCAAACCAAGCUGAACUGCUUGAAACUGCUUGAUUUUUGCACCAGGAGUAAAUCAGCAUAAAGUUAUUCAAAAGCAGUGUGUAAGACUGGUGGAGGAGAACAUGAUGCCAAGAUUUAUAAAAAAAAAAGUCUGUGAUUAAAAAACAGGGUUUUUCCACCAAAUAUUGAUUUCUUAACUCUUAAAGCUUUUUAUGAAUAUAAGCUUGUUUUUUUCUUUGCAUUAUUUGAGGUCUGAAAGCUCUGCGUUAAUUUUCUGUGAAUAAAUUUCUCCAAAUGACAAUAUUUUUAUUUGGAAUUUGAAUUUGGGAGGAAUGUUGUCUGUAGUUUAUAGAAUAAAACAAUAACAUUUUUUUUAUUUUACUCAAACAUAUACCUACAAAUAGCAAAAACAGAGAGACCUGAAUUUUUUUUUUCCAGAGCUGUUUUUACUGUAUAUCAACAUAUCAUCACGAGUGUGUAUCCUUAUUUCUUUUUACAAAGUGAUGCAUUAAUAAUAAUAAACAGACUUGAACUUUGAAUUUUGAAUUUAAUUCCAAGAGUUGCCUUUUUCAUGCAGAUUUCAUGGGGCUUGUGCGUACAUUUAAGACAACAGCUUGAUUUUUGCACCAGGAGUAAAGCAGCAUAAAGUUAUCCAAAAGCAGUGUGUAAGACUGGUGGAGGAGAAUAUUAUGCAAAGAUGUAUUAAAAAAAAAAACUUUAAUUAAAAACCAGGGUUAAUUCAACAAAUAUUGAUUUCUGAACUCUUAAAGCUUUUUUAUGAAUAUGAACUUGUUUUUUUCUUUGCAUUCUUUUAGGUCUGAAAGCCCUGCGUCUUUUUUGUAAAUUUUAUAUAAAUAAAUGCUUUGUAUGACAAUA